UCUCGUUCGCUCUCUCUGAUCUCGUUUGCUCUCUCUGAUCUCUCUCGCUCUCUCUGAUCUCGUUCGCUCCCUCGGCCGCGCAACCCUCGGCCGUGCAAUUCCGAUCCUCCAUCUAUUGAUUCCGCAUCUGAGCUAUUAUGCUAAGAAGAGGGGAGCUCCGGGGCCGAGAGAGAAGAAACUGAAGAUGGAUCCUUCAAUCUCUAAUAGGAGAAUCUCUAAAGUGAAAAGAAUCUCAAAGGUCUCGUGUCGGCAAAUAAAGCAAAUAACUGCUGCAAGGCUGAAAUCUACUCUGUCCACUCACAAUGUGACCAAAAGCAAAGAGAAUGUUGAAAUUGCUUUUGCUGCACCUGAUCAUGGUCAGGUAGAGCUCGCCAGUACAGUCAAACCCUCCACUCCUGUCUUUAGUGUUCCACUAUCACCAAAACAGGGUCUUCAUGCUGCAAGGAUCAAGCUUUCCUUUGCGGACGCUAUUGUCAAAGGUAAUAAUGCACAGAGCUUCCAACAACAAAAGGCAAUCUUUGAGCGGGAGCAGUUCGAAGAGAUUGCAAGGCUUGAAGCCAUAGUGACAGAAGGAGAUAGAGAAGAAGCUCGUGUUGCCCUUGAAAAGGUGGAGAGGAGGACUUGUGUGUUUGAGGACAACCUUUAUAUCCUUCAGGAACUUAAAAAGUUAUCCAAUUAUUAUGGUAGCUCUUGGGGACCACACUUCCGAUCACCCCUGGAGCGACUUGGUUUAUAUUUCAAGGAUGACUAUACAAUAGAGGUUGAUGAAUUGGAGGAAGGGGAGAUUGUGUGA